AUGCAAGAAUCUGGAAUAUAUGAUUAUAUUUGCAAAAUAAAAAUAAAAAGGAUGCAUUAAUAUUCUAAGAAGAAUAAUUUUAAUCUCAAUUUUUAUUAGAAGUAAAGUUUGUUUCUAUCCUUAGACUUAAAAAUAUUAUAAGAAUGAAAUAGAUGAUAAAUUAAACUUAACUACUACAGAGUUUAUAAAUUGGGCAAAUUCCAUUUCAAAUUAGAAAUGGAUAUAUGUUCGGGAAUGCUAUCCAAAUAGUUAUUAAGCAUAAAUUCAACAAUUAAAGCUGAUAAUAGUCAGUAAUCAAGCAGCUAGACCGAUGAAAUAAAACUUUUCUUCAAAUAUAUAUUCAAAUUAAGGAAUGAAUAAUUAAAAUAUAAAAGUAUUUUGAAUAAAAAGGAUAGGGUUUAAAUAAUUCGGUUGUUAGUUAAUAAUAAAUAGAUUAAAAAAGUAUUUAGUUAAAUUAAUUUUUAGAUGAAGCUGAACUCUAUUACACUAAUAUACUAAGAUUAAUGGAAAAAACUUAAGAUAUUUGUUUUAAUUAAUUGGAAAAAGAACCUGAGUCAAAAAUUUAUACAGUAAAUCAUUAAUGUACUUGUAAAAUAAGCAUGAAAAAUCUCCAAAAAUUUUAGCCAUAUAUAUUGAUAUCAUCAUAAGAAGAGAUGAAGGAAGAAAUGAAAUAGAAACUGAUAAACUAUUGACUUAAAUUUUUUGUCUCUUUCAAUUACUUUAUCAACGAGAUAUUUUCUUUUCAACAUUAUUAAGAACUAUUAUCCAAAAGAUUGCUCAAUUUUUAGUAUAAACAUCUCUAACUUUAAAAAUAGAAAUAAACUAAAAAUAAAUGAUAUGA